AUGCCAUGCUCGAAACAACUAGUAUAUAUUUUUUGCAUGAUACAAGCAUUCAGUUUCUUAUUGUAUGCAACAAUAAAAUUAAUUGUUAUUGAACCUAUUAAGAUUGAUCAAAUCGAUCAUACGGCAAAAUUAAUAAGUCAGCUUGAGAUCAAGCCUACCAACUUUGCAGGAUGGAAAAAAAGACAUUAUAUAACAAACUAUUUUAAUAAGGACCGAAAAGUGAAAAUAUAUAUAACUAGAGGUGAUUGGUAUACAAACCAAGAUUAUAGAGAACUCGAAUUUAAUCCAGACGGAACCUUAGCAAAUUGCGAGAUACCAUGUAUUUGGAAAGCAAGGGAAAUAAACCGUUUAACGUUUAGAGAACUUAAAAGCGCUGAUGCUCUUUUUUGUGUUAAUCAACCAGGCCUACCAAAAAAGAAAGCACGAAAAGGACAAAAGUUCAUACAAUAUACUUUAGAACCUAAGACUCAUUGCCCAGAAUGUUACGAUAAAAGUCACAUGUUUGAUAUCCACGCAACUUAUGAUGAAAAUUCAGAAGUACCUACAAGUUAUAUUAGAAUGGAUUCCAAAAAAUGGAAAUUAGUACCUCCUUUUAAGUUAACAAAGCUAUCUCAGGGUGAACCAUUUGUUUCAUUCAUUGCUUCCCAUUGGACUAAAUACAGGUCAGAGUUUAUUCAAAGUAUUAUGAACUAUAUUCCUAUCGCAUCCUUUGGUGAAGUCUUUACGAAUACCGGUUGGGAGAGUCAUCCUGAAUGUUUACGCUUGGACGAUUUCUUUGAUGUAAAAAAUUGUGUCAUCUCUAAAUAUCCUUUUUAUCUUGCCAUUGAAAAUUGCCAAGAAAAUGAUUACUCUACUGAAAAAUUAUGGGAUACAUUUAAUUUGGGUGUCGUUCCUAUUAUAUGGGGUGCACCUAAUACUCGUUCAUACCUACCGCAUCCUAAAUCUGCUAUUUUUAUUGAAGACUUUGAGAAUACUAAGGCUCUAGUAAAUUAUUUAAAAUAUUUAGUUAGCAAUGAGACUGCAUAUUUAGAAUAUCAUCAGUGGCGGAAUAUGACAUCAUCUGAUGGAUUUAAGAAGAAAUCAUAUAUGAGUAUGUAUAAUCUUGAAUGUAACGUUUGCAGAGAAGUUGCUAGGUUGAGGGUUGUUGAGGAACAUAAUGAAUAUAAUUUUAUGAUGAAUGACUUUGAGACUGAUGACUCGUAA